GUCAAGCAAAAGGCACAGGCAAACGAGAUCUUCAGCUUCGCAUUCAAAAGACCAUCAAAAUCCUCGAGGAGCAGGGACCAGAGGUUCGAACCAUCAUCUUCGCAAACACUGCGGAGGCGUGCCUUUCCUUCGAAAUGGCAGCGAAAGCAGCAAAGAUCAAGGUGGCCAAUGUCCACGCAGGUGUGAGCUUCUCGGAACGCAUCGAUGGCUUGAAGAAGUUUGGCCUCGGGGAGGUGCCGGUGCUGAUUUGUACGGAUCUUGGAGCGCGAGGCCUGGAUCUACCAAUUUGUCAACAUGUCAUCCAGCUUGA